AUGGAGGACGUAGGGUGCUCUGAUGGAGCUGCGCGAAUCAACAGUGGGCGGACUAGGGCGUUGGGAUUCUGGGACGGUGGAGAUGAAGGAGAGCAAAUCACUACAGCCGAAGAAUUUGGCGAGGAACAAGGUGGGGAUGGGUUUUUUUUGGGUUCUGAAUUCCGAUUUCCGAUCGAAAAGGAAAGAUGGCGAGGGGAUAAGGUGGGGAUGGGUGGCCGAAUUUUUAUUUAUUUAUUUUUUGUUAUUAUUCAAUUUAAUAAAGGAAAUAAAAAGAAAACUGAAAUUAUAAUUUUUUUGUGCUGA